AUGUCGCAAGUUCCGCGAGGGAAUGAUGAAAGCUCGCCAACUUCGUCUAAGAAUCAGACUGGCUACUCUAUCAAUAACGGCCUCAUCCCGCGGGAUUAUUUAGCUCGAUCUGAUCAACGCCCCGGACCUACUCCUGGUUCCCGACAUAUCACACCUUCCCCGUUGCAUACAAGUUCCCUGCCUCAGUCGCACCGUGGCGAAGAAUCCGCGUCUCAGAGUCCCCUAUCUCCGAAAUCCAACCCUUCUUCCUUCCAGAAUCGGUCGCCAGUGGCUCGCGUAGCCAAUGCGCAAUAUCCUGCGCCACCCUUCAGCUCUGGUCAGAGUCUGUCGCAAUCACCAGAUAUGGUAGGAACAGAGUCAGUGAAUGUCAGCGGCCAGUCUAGUGAGAGCAGUAUGCCAAAAUCGUCCCGUGCGCCGGAGCCCGAUCGAUCUGCCUCUUCCUCCGUCAGCUCUAUACACUCAAUGCCAGGAGAUCGCGCACCCCAUCGUGCCAUUCCUCGCACCUCGUCGAUUGACUCUGCUAUUUCAUCCCUCUCCUCCAGCUCUCAGAGAUCGGCCUUUGAUGUCAAUGCUCUGAGUUCAACCGACAUUAACAAUCUCAUCAACGCCGCUGGAUCUGCCGAGGCCGUGAUCGUGCACCUCUUGAAAGAGAAACACCAAGCGGCCUCUCAGAACGCGCAACUUUGGAAACUGGUUGAUAAACAAAGAACUUUAAUCCUCGGCCUUAACAAAGAUCUAGAGCGUGCUUUCCAGGAGAAGGAUAAAUAUCGGAAGAAGCUUAAAGACAUACAGGACGCCCCGCCAUUGCCCGUUACCGCGCCCUUGGCCUCUGUGGCCGCACCAAGCAGCGACAAAGAGAAUGUGUCGCGCAAACCUGAUCAACCAUCGAUUGUACCACCAUCUGAAACCUCCCGGCGGGGUUUCGAAAACACCACAAGCCCGAUCUCUCCCGCAGAUAUUCCAUCUCCAGCAGGAGACGAAAGGAGCCGGUUUCCCCACCCAAAUCGCAAACCACCUCCUGCGCCUCUAAAUCUACGACAAGCAGAAAAUAAAAGGGCAUCCUCGGCUUCAGAUUCUGAUCCUGGCUCUGAUUCCGGUUCCGAUUACGGUGACACCCAGGAUAUAAAUGGGGUUCCGAGUGCGGGCCGUGGGCGGAGAAAGACGAGAGAGCAGGACGACCGGGACCGCGAAGCUGCGCUGCAGAAAGAGAUGUUUGGGUCUACCGGUUCUGUGGGACCAACCCAGACAGCAUCCUCUGACAGCUCCCGAGAUACAGCAACAUGUAGCCCGGAAACGCUCCCCAGGGAGCUUUCUACAAGAUCACCACCGAAUGUGGGUAAUAACUCACUGGGGUCGCUUUUGGGCGCUCGACCGCCUCCCGCUUCAUCCUUUGGUGGGCGCUCCAUCGUUGCUAUGCCUAUGAGCCCUGGAUUGCCUUUGAGCCCAAGACCAGAAGACCGACCUAUCAAUUCGCCCAUGCCUCGCAUGCCACGGGACCCGUCCACUUCCAUGGCAGCCGGGUAUCAGGCCCCAGGAUUGCCGCUCUCGCCACGAAUGGCCAACCACCCCAUGGGCUUUGCUCCAAUCCCUUCGGGCCGUCCCAAUGGCCCUAUUCCAUCAAUUGAUCCCGCUGUCAUGAUUGAUAGCCCGAGAUCCGCAACUUUUCCCGAUAACUCAAUUUACCGAGGAUUGAUGUCCGAUGAUUAUCAGGGCCUGCUUUUGCCUCCGAAUGCCCUUCCUCUGGUUCAAGUCAGAGUGUCUUCAUCGCGGCUUCGUCCUUCCCGGAACAGCUACAUGGCGUCCAAACCCCUAGAUGAAGAGCCUGUUUUUACUCUCAGUGUAAUUCUACGGUCAGAGAUGGCAGAGCUAUGGCGAGUUGAAAAGGUCAUUGGUGCUUUGCCCCAACUGGACCAGAAAGUCCGGCAAUCUUCUCCGUUCCCCGGAAAAUUACCGGAUAGGAGUAUUUUCAGCGGACACUCCCCUGCUAAGGUUGACUUGAGACGUGCCGCACUUAAUGCGUACUUCGAUAGACUUUUGGACACGCCAAUGGACGAGAAUGCCGCGAUAGCUAUCUGCCAAUUUUUGACAAGUGAUGCCAUUGAGCCUCGAGAUGACGAAACAAGUUUGCUGAAAGGUCUCGCCCAAACAAGGCCUGAUAUGCCUCGUGGACCAGACGGAAAGCCUCAAAAGGAAGGCUACUUGACCAAGCGAGGCAAGAACUUUGGUGGCUGGAAAGCGAGGUAUUUUGUUCUCGCUGGACCCGAACUGAGGUACUACGAAUCUCCGGGUGGUCCGCACAUGGGUACUAUCAAACUCCAUCAUGCCCAGAUUGGCAAGCAAUCACCAAAACCCACCGAGAGUCCACCUGCUGGGAGCGAGGAAGACUCUGACAACCAGUAUCGCCAUGCAUUUUUGAUUUUGGAACCGAAGAAGAAGGAUUCUUCGGCCCUUGUCCGGCAUGUUCUUUGCGCUGAAAGCGACGAGGAGCGCGAUACAUGGGUCGAUGCUCUCAUGGAGUACGUUGAGAACGCUUCUUCUGAGAAUGAAGGACGUGGUAGCGUAUCCAAGGGUCAGCCUCAGUCUCAAGAUGAAUCACAAGCACAGCAAAGGCAACUACUCUCCGGGGCCGAGAUGAAGUCCAAAAUGUUCAACGGAAGCAAGAAAUCUGGCCGAGGGGUUGAUAGCCCCGACCAGGAUCUAGGAGGCUCCGUACAGGGUUUCAGCUUUGAGGAUGCAGUGCCAGCUGAUCCUCCGACUAUUGGUUCCACUCUUGAGCAAGCUUCCCGAUCCCCACGAGCCCCAGCGGCUUUGUCCACAGAAUUCAGGGACACGGCCAUGUCUCCCGAUCAACCAAUGCAGUCUCCCAGGCUGAUAUCUAGGCCCACGAACGGCACAGUCAUCCAGGACGUGGAAGCGUGGGGUAACAAAGCAAAGACAUCGACAAAAGAGAAGAAACGCAGCAUCUGGGGUUUCCGCACCAGGUCCUCUUUCGAUCUUGCCAACCAGGCCAACAGUGAUACAGUCGUAGCAACCAACAAUGUUGAGAGGACAGAUCCUGUUAGACCUGUGUUCGGUAUACCCCUAGCAGAGGCCGUACAGGAUUGUGGACCGCCAGGCAUUGAUGUGGAACUGCCGGCAGUGGUUUAUCGCUGCAUUGAAUAUCUCCAUGCCAAGGAAGCAGCCUUGGAGGAAGGUAUCUUCCGUCUAAGCGGCUCCAAUGUGGUGAUCAAAGCAUUAAAGGAGCGUUUCAACACUGAAGGUGAUGUUGAUUUCGUGUCUGGAGAUCAGUAUUAUGAUAUUCAUGCUGUGGCUUCUCUCUUCAAACAAUACCUUCGAGAGCUCCCGACGACAGUCUUAACCCGGGAGCUUCAUUUGGACUUCCUUCGCGUUCUUGAACUUGAUGAUCGCCAAAAGAAGGUGGCUGCCUUCAACUCUCUGGUUCAUAGAUUGCCUAGGCCCAAUCUAGCAUUGCUACGGGCCCUAUCGCAGUUCUUGAUCGAGAUUGUGAACAAUUCCGAUGUGAACAAGAUGACGGUCAGGAACGUCGGCAUUGUCUUUGCCCCAACUCUCAAUAUUCCGGCGCCAGUCUUCUCGAUGUUCCUCACGGACUACGAUAGUAUCUUUGGUGAUACUGAGUCGAACUCUACCAACCCUACGGAACUGACGGUUGAAAGCAACCUCUCGCCCGAUGAUAUUCGUUCCCCACGUCAUCAAAUGUUCUCAGAUCUCCCUACCCCUUCGUACCAGCAGACUUCGUUCCGAACCACUGGUGAUGGGAACGGUCCUUCUGAUGGCCCCAGGACACACUAUGACACUGGUUUCACCCCAAUGCAACCUAGCUAUGACCAACCGACGUCCAGACAUGAGCAGUACAACCAACCCCCGGGUGCCGGCGCUCCGUAUUCUUCUUUGAAUGGCAUGUUGGGUCCUAGCUCGGACGACAAUCGCUCGGCAAAGUCGAAGCGACGAGAGAGUUCAAUGCUCUUUAUGGAUGAUCCUUCCUUCUACCAGGGCAAUUGA